UACAGCACAACUGAGCAAAGUGUAAAGUGAGGUUAUAUCCUGCAAUGUUUUCUUUCCGGCUGUUCCGGGCUACAAAAUGCCCCAUUCGCCCCCUUCAUACAUAUCUCCGCAUCUCUGACCUUAAGGGAUGCAAGGAGGGUGACAAUGUGACGAUAAAAGGAUGGGUCAACAACACCCGGAAAAUGAAGAAAACCUCCUUCGUGGACAUUGUCGAUGGCUCAUGUGCCUCUGCACUGCAAGUAGUCCUCGGGAAGAAUCUUUCUGACUCAGUAGAUGUGGUUUUUGGCAGUUCAGUUGAGGUUUCGGGGGUAAUUGGGAGUACACCAAAAAAGCAAUUGGAGCUUCGAGCCGAAGAUUACCGUGUCAUUGGGAAUUGUCCGGCUGAAGGAUUCCCCUUUGCCGCUAGGCAUUCCUACAAUUCAGACUAUGUCCGAGAACAUCUCCAUCUUCGCUCCCGGAUAGCUCCCUUUGCCGCUAUGCUUCGUGUGAGAAAUGCUGCCCAGCGAGCUAUUGUCGAUUUCCUGCACACGGAAGGAUUCCUCCAGAUUCACACCCCAAUUCUCACCGCAAGUGACUGUGAGGGAGCUGGAGAGGUGUUCAGGGUCCGUCCAGACAGCCAGGAAUUGCUGAAAGGGAUGCAAAAGGAAGAGAUUCCACUCGAAGAAGCAUUUUUCGAUUGCCGGACAUACCUCAGCGUCUCAGGGCAGCUUCACCUAGAAGCCAUGGCUCAUGGUAUUGGGAAUUGUUUCACAUUUGGCCCGACAUUUCGAGCUGAAAACAACAAAUCGCCCAUUCACCUCUCAGAAUUCUACAUGCUGGAAGUUGAACAAGUCUUCACAUCUUCCCUCAGCGACUGCAUCCUUCUCAUUUCCAGGAUGGUGAGAAGCGUGACAGAAAAGCUCCUUGACACCUGCUCGGAUGAUAUUUCCGUCUGCCAUGGAGAAUCCAAAGGAAAUCUCUUUGAGUGGCUUGGGGAUUCUAAGGAAUUCCCCAUUCUCACUUUCCAGGAAGCCGUGGAGAUCUUACAGAGAAAUUCUGAUCGCCUCAAGGUGCCAAUUGAUCCCAAGGAGGGUCUAAUGAAGAGCCAUGAACUCUUCCUCACAGAUUUUUGCUGCUCUCCUGUGUUCAUCGUUGACUGGCCUGCUGCCCUCAAACCCUUCUACAUGCGCCCCACUGAUCACAAUCCCGCCCUCGUGAGUGCCCUGGAUUUCCUGGUGCCGAGAAUUGGGGAACUGAUCGGAGGCAGCCUCAGGGAAAAUGACUAUGAACGUUUAAAGGAGAAAAUUCCAGCAGGAAGUGAAUGGUACUUGAACCUAAGACGCUUCGGAGGAAUCCCAACGGCGGGCUUUGGAAUGGGCUUUGAACGCUAUCUGCAGUACCUCCUCAACGUCCACAACAUUAGGGACGUUAUUCCCUUCCCCAGAUGGCCACACAGUUGCUCUCUCUAAUUUUUUAGAGAUUUUUAUUUAGCGAUCAAUAAAAUUUAAGAAACAAAAACUUGAAA